AUGGCAAAUAACCUGGGAGCUGUUGCGCAGCUUUUAGAAGCCAGCUUGGACCCCAGGCAAAACAAACAAGCCGAACUUGCACUUCGGCAAGAAGAGAAAAAACCCGGCUUCUCGUUAUACCUGCUCCAGAUCACCGCAUCCCCAGACUUUCCAUACAACACUCGGCUGGCAAGUGCCUUAUGUUUUAAAAACCUAAUCCGAAGAAGCUGGGUCGACGAAGAUGGAAAUCACAAGUUGCCUCAGGAUGAGGUUGUCACAAUUAAGCGGGAGUUGAUCAACCUCAUGAUCAAUGUCCCCGGUGGAAUCCAGACCCAGCUUGGCGAGGCAGUCAGCGUGAUUGCAGACAGUGAUUUCUGGGAGCGAUGGGAUACUCUUGUUGCCGAUCUAGCAUCACGAUUAGACCCCAAGAACCCGGUUGUCAACAAUGGAGUCCUCACAGUGGCACACUCCAUUUUCCGACGAUGGCGUCCUCUAUUCCGAUCAGAUGACCUGUUCACCGAGAUCAACCAUGUGCUUAACACUUUCUCAACACCAUAUUUGGCAUUGUUCGAGGCCCUGGAUGUUUAUAUCGAGGAAAAUAAAUCCAACAAAGAGGCUCUAUUGCAAGGAUUCAAACAGCUUGAUCUUAUGAUCAAACUUUUAUACGAUUUGAAUUGUCAAGAUUUGGCGCCACUGGUGGAGGACAAUACGCAGUCCAUUGCCAACCUGCUUCUCAAGUACUUGCUUUAUGACAACCAACUACUUCACACUGAUGAUGAAUCCGAAGCAGGAGUUUUGGAGUUUGUCAAAGCUGGUAUCUUCGAAGUGUUGACCCUGUUUGUCCAGAAAUAUAGCGAUGUUUUCGAACCUCAUGUCGGACAGUUCGUUGGUAACUCUUGGAACUUGUUGACGACUGUCGGCCAGGAGACGAAAUACGAUAUACUGAUUAGCAAGGCCCUUCAGUUCUUGACAUCAACCACAAGCAUGCCCGAGCACGCCAAAAUUUUCCAAGAUCAAGGAACUCUGAGCCAGGUCAUUGAAAAGGUCAUUCUGCCAAACAUUGCUUUGCGAGAAUCAGAUGAAGAGCUUUUUGAAGACGAACCAAUUGAGUUUAUCCGUCGUGACUUGGAGGGUUCAGAUAGCGAUACCCGACGCCGAGCAGCGACUGACUUUGUGCGACAAUUGGCAACGAAAUUCGAAGACUCGGUCACAAGAGUGGUCUCUCAGUACACAGAUCAUUACCUUGCCGAAUACGCAAAAGACCCAUCGUCCAACUGGAAGUCGAAAGACACCGCCACAUAUUUGUUCUCCGCAAUUGCUGCCAAAGGUGCAGCGACCGCUUCUCAUGGUAUCACGACGGUCAGCAAACUCGUUGAUAUCGCGGACUUCUUCCAAAAACACCUUGCGGCGGACUUGGUUUCCGACGGCGGGAUUAAUCCUAUUUUGAAAGUCGAUGCCAUCAAAUAUCUCUACUUGUUCAGGAGUAUCAUUACACCCCUGCAGUGGCAAGAAGUAUUCCCUCUGUUGGUCAAGCAUUUGGGUUCGGACAACUAUGUGGUAUACACUUAUGCAGCUAUUGCUGUUGAACGAGUGCUUGCCUUCCACGAUCCUGCAGGUCAGCCCGUGAUUUCACCAGCCAAUAUCACACCCUUGGCCAAGGAGCUCCUCGAGCAUCUAUUCCAGCUCAUUGAAAAAGACCCUUCACCACCCAAGGUGCAAGAAAACGAAUUCUUGAUGAAAUGUGUGAUGAGAGUUUUGAUUGUCAUCAAGGAAGGAGUUGUUCCACUUACUGAUGCAGUUCUGGAGCAUUUGAUCAAAAUCACCAGAAUAAUUAGUGCUAACCCUAGCAACCCGCGCUUCUACUAUUAUCAUUUCGAAUCAAUCGGAGCCUUUAUCAGAUUUGCUGCUCCUGCCAAUCCCGAGAAAUUGGAACAAGCACUUUAUGCACCGUUCGCCGAGGUUCUUCAGGCAGACGUUCAAGAAUUCAUGCCUUAUGUCUUCCAACUGUUCGCUGCUUUACUUGAGGCAAACUCGUCCGCGACAUUACCAGAGUACUACCAGAAUCUGAUUGCACCUAUUCUCAUGCCGGUCAUGUGGGAGUCCAAGGGCAAUGUUCCUGCAUUGGUCCGGUUACUCUCUGCGAUUAUUCCUCGUGGUGCCCAAUUCAUUUCCCAGAACAAUCAGAUCGAACCUAUCCUAGGUCUGUUCCAGAAAUUGCUCUCCACAAAAGCAAAUGAGAGUCAUGGAUUCGACCUUUUGGAAAGUGUGAUUGGAAGCUUCCCUGCUACUGCUCUGGACCAAUACUUCGUCUCCAUCAUGCAGAUUAUUCUGACUCGUUUGCAAAACUCCAAGACCGAGGUCUUGCAGUUGCGAUUCGUUCGCUUUUACCACUUUGUUUCGGCACGGGAUGAUCAAGGCUACAGUGCAGACUUUUUCAUCCAGGUCACAGACAAGGUUCAAGCGCAACUAUUUACUCCACUCUAUCUGAAUGUCAUCCUACCAGAAUCGCAAAAGCUCGCCAGACCGCUUGAUCGCAAGACGGCAGUCAUCUCGUUUACGAAAACACUGGCCAACUCGGAAGCUUUUGCGCAGCAAUACAAGAAGGGUUGGGGGUUCACAUGUGAAGCUCUUCUCAAGCUGCUAGAGCUGCCUCCCGUUCCCGUCGCACGAGAUGAUAUCAUCACGGAACACGACGUGGAUGACAUGGCGUUCGGAGUCGGAUUCACACAAUUGAACACUGUUCGACCUCGCCCGAAGGACCCAUGGCCAGAGACCGGGGCCGACUUGAAAGUGUGGACAGGAAAAUACCUGAAGGAGACCAACUCCAAGCAGGAUGGUCGGAUUAAUGAAUUUGUUCAGGAACGACUCAAUCCUGAACUUCAAAAAAUUCUUGCCAGUUACAUGACAGCGUGA